AGCAAAGAGGAGGGCUUCUGGGUUUGGCGCGGCCUUUGUCUCUUCCUGCAGCCGCAGCUCCGGGUCCCGUCUUCUCUGCUCUGUGUCCUCUGCUCCUAGAGGCCCAGCCUCGUGGCCCUGUGACCUGCAGGUUUUGGGAGAUCCACAGCUAAGACGCCGGGACCGCCUGGAAGCCUAGAAAUGGAACCAUUGGAAUUUAGGGAUGUGGCCAUAGAAUUCUCUCUGGAGGAGUGGCAUUGCCUGGACACUGCACAGCGGAAUCUGUAUAGGGAUGUGAUGUUGGAGAACUACAGAAACCUGGUCUUCCUUGGUAUUGCUGUUUCUAAGCCAGACCUGAUCACCUGGCUGGAGCAAGGAAAAAAACCUUUGACUGUGAAGGGACAUGAGAUGAUUGCCACACCCCCAGGUGUGUCUUCUCAUUUUGCCCAAGACCUUUUGCCGGAGCAGAGCAUGAAAGAUUCUUUCCAAAAAAUGAUACUGAGUAGAUGUGAAAAAUAUGGAUAUGACACUUUACAGUUAAAAAAUGUCCGUGAAAGCGUAGCCUGGUGUCAUGUGCACAAAGCAGGUUAUAAUGGAAUUAACCAAAGUUUGACAAUAACCCACAGAAAAAUAUUUCAAUGUGAUAAAUAUAGGAAAGUAUUUUGUAAGUUUUCAAAUUCCAGCAGACAUGAGACAAGACAUAUUGCAAAGAAAAUUUUCAAAUAUAUAGAAUGUGGCAAAGCUAUUAACCAGUCCUUAACUGUUACUACACAUAAGAAAAUUCAUACUGGAGGGAAACCCUACCAAUGUGAAGAAUGUGGCAAAGCCUUCAACCGGUCCUCACACCUUACUAUACAUAAGAAAACUCAUACUGGAGAGAAACCCUACAGAUGCGAAGAAUGUGGCAAAGCUUUUAAGCGGGCCUCCAACCUUUCUACACAUAAGAUGAUUCAUACAGGAGAGAAACCCUACAAAUGUGAAGAAUGUGGCAAAGAGUUUGCAUACUCCUCAACCCUUUCUGCACAUAAGAUAAUUCAUACAGGAGAGAAACCCUACAAAUGUGAAGAAUGUGGCAAAGAGUUUGCACACUCCUCAACCCUUUAUACACAUAAGCUAAUUCAUACAGGAGAGAAACCCUAUAAAUGUGAAGAAUGUGGCAAAGCUUUUAAGCAGUCCUCAACCCUUUCUACACAUAAGAGAAUUCAUACAGGAAAGAAACUCUAUAAAUGUGAAGAAUGUGGCAAAGCCUUCAACUGGUCCUCACACCUUACUAUACAUAAGAAAAUUGAUACUGGAGAGAGACCCUACAGAUGUGAAGAAUGUGGGAAGGCCUUUAAGCAGUCCUCAACCCUUGCUACACAUAAGAUAAUUCACACAGGAGAGAAACCCUAUAAAUGUAAAGAAUGUGGAAGAGCCUUUAAGUGGUCCUCAAACCUUUCUACACAUAAGAUAAUUCAUACAGGAGAGAAACCCUAUAAAUGUGAAGAAUGUGGCAAAGCAUUUAAGACGAGCUCUAACCUUAUUGUGCAUAAAAGAAUUCAUACUGGAGAGAAACCCUACAGAUGUGAAGAAUGUGAUGUGAAACGUGGAAAAGCUUUCAAGCUGGCCUCACACCUUACUAGACAUAAGAAAAUUCAUACUGGAGAGAAACCCUACAGAUGUGAAGAAUGUGGCAAGGCCUUUAACCGACCUGCAACCCUCACUACACAUAAGAAAAUUCACACUGUUGAGAGACCAUACAGAUGUGACGAAUGUGGCACAGCCUUUAAACAGUCCUAUUACCUUAGUAUACAUAAAAAAAUUCAUGCUGGAGAAAAACCCUACAAAUGUGAAAUAUGUGGAAAAGCUUUCAAGCUGGCCUCACACCUUACUAGACAUAAGAAAAUUCACACUGGAGAGAAACCCUACAGAUGUGAAGAAUGUGGCAAAGCUUUUACCCGAUCUGCAACCCUCACUACGCAUAAGAAAAUUCACACUGGAGAGAAACCAUACAGAUGUGAAACGUGGCAAAAACUUUCCGUCGUUCUCCACCCUCAGUAGACAUAAGGUAAUUCAUACUGGAGAGUAACCCUAUGAAUAUAAUGAACGUAGGAAAGCCUUUAACUAGCUCUCAACUCUGACUACA